GUCCACACGGCGCACUCGAGCCUGAGAAGCGCAGCCGGCGCACACUCGACAGGUAGCUUGCAGACCCCCUGACAGUCGCCGGAGCUUCUUGGCCGCUGGCCUGUAUGUAGUCUGACUGCGCAGCCCGCAUCUCACUCGGACCCUCACGCCGAGCUUCAUAAGCAAGCCGGCUGGACGCAUCCCCGCUGCCAUCCCCAUCGCUGCUGCUGACCUGCUCUGUCAUGCUGUCUCUUCGUACUCUGCUCUUCGCUGCCCUCGCAGCCGUCACUGCGGCAUCGGCCGCGACGGUCACCUUCGACUGCUCGAGAGUGCCCAACAUCUGCUCCAACGACUGCUACGCCAUCAGAUGCCUCGGCAAGCCCACUACGCUGACGCGCAACUCGCCGCAAGCGGAGGACAACCGCGACGCCAACGCCUGUCGCAGUCCCAACCGCUGCUCUGGCAACCCGUCCGACAGCAACAGCUGCGAUGAGUACCCUUUUGCUUCGACAAGUCAAGGCGGCGCAGGCGCCAGCACCCGGUGCGUGCCGAGCCAAGAGAACAGCAGACAGGGCGGCACCCUCUCCUCCUUCUACACGCGCAACUCUGUCGCGAACGGCGACUCGUACUCUGUCGCGUUCUCGAAUGCCUCGGGCCUGCAGUACUGCAGCGGCUCGUGCACAAACUCGGGCAACCAGCUCGUCCGCCGUCUGCCGGCCUUCGCUGCGCGCCAGGAGACCUCCAUCGUGCAGACACGCAAGCUGCUCCUCGCGUCUGGCGAGGAAGCGCUGAUGUUUGAGCCGGUCUCCGCCCGCGGCUCGCUGAACCGCAUGGUUAACCAGACUGUGGACCUGCGCGAGGAGGCCGUGCGCGUCGUUGCCGUCCUCUGA